AGCAUCUCUCUGGCUUCCCUUUUUUAAAAAGGGAAUCUUGAUGACGCCGUUUUAGAAGAGGCGAAAGAAGACGCACGGAAACAUUGUGCGCAUGCGUAUGGAAAAGGGCACCGGCGGGAGCCGAGAAUUGGCGCUUGCGCAAAUGUGUCUCCAGUAAGGGAGGAGACGGUUGUCUGUUGGUUGUUGUAGUAACAGGAGAAGCGCCGGGAAGAGGAAUCGUGACUGCCGGGCCCCAAAGGAGAUGAAGCAGCAGGACAUGCCAGUUGGAAUGGCUCGGGACUUGGAAGAAACGGGCUCAUCUUCAGAGGAAGAGGAAGAAAUGGAAGGGCCAGAGGAGCACCCGUGUAUCAUGUGGACAGGUGGAUUCAGGAGGAUUCCAAUCAUGGUGUUUCAUGCUGAAGCUAUUCUAACCAAGGACAGUUACAUCCGCUUGAUUGGAGAGCGCUAUCGCUUGUCUUUUAAAAUUGUGAGAACAGACAGUCGCCUGGUGCGCAGCAUUCUGUCAGCUCAUGGAUUUCGGGAGGUGCAUCCCAGCAGCAAUGAAUAUAAUCUUAUGUGGACAGGGUCACAUUUAAAACCCUAUGUUCUGCGAACCCUCACAGAUAUUCAAAAAGUCAAUCACUUUCCCAGGUCAUAUGAACUAACUCGGAAGGAUAGGCUAUACAAGAACAUUAGUCGAAUGCAGCAGAUUUAUGGAUUCAAGACCUUCCAUGUUUUGCCUCAGACCUUUAUCCUUCCAGCUGAAUAUCAGGAGUUUUACAAUUCUUAUUCAAAGGAUAGGGGACCUUGGAUAGUAAAACCCGUGGCUUCUUCUAGGGGACGUGGUGUCUAUUUGAUCAACAAUCCAAAUCAGAUUUCCCUCGAGGAAAACAUCCUGGUCUCCCGUUAUAUCAACAACCCACUGCUCAUAGAUGACUUCAAAUUUGAUGUGCGGCUUUAUGUUUUGGUGACAUCCUAUGAUCCCCUUGUCAUCUAUCUCUAUGAAGAAGGGUUGGCUCGGUUUGCAACCGUGAGGUAUGACCAGGGAGCAAAGAAUAUUAAAAACCAAUUCAUGCAUCUUACAAAUUAUAGUGUCAACAAGAAGAGUGGUGACUAUGUCAGUUGUGAUGACCCUGAAGUGGAGGACUAUGGAAACAAAUGGAGUAUGAGUGCAAUGCUGAGAUACCUGAAACAAGAAGGAAAAGAUACAACUGCUCUGAUGGCCAGCGUGGAGGAUCUGAUAAUUAAGACAGUAGUUUCAGCUGAAUUGGCCAUUGCAGCAGCCUGUAAAGCCUUUGUCCCACACCGUGGUGUUUGCUUUGAGCUUUAUGGUUUUGAUGUUCUCAUUGAUUCUGCUCUCAAGCCUUGGCUGCUAGAGGUGAAUCUGUCCCCUUCCCUGGCCUGUGAUGCUCCUUUGGAUCUGAAAAUUAAAGCUAGUAUGAUUUCAGAUAUGUUCACACUUGUAG